CAGGCUGUCCGCUCGCUCUGAGAGAGAUUAUGAUCCCGAGAAGAGCCGCUCCUGCGCUUCAGCACUUCCACUGCGACUAGUUCCAUCAGAGCUCCGAGCCUCGCUGAGUCCCGUCAACUAUCUUCUCCUCCGUAGCCUCCCUCCCUCUCCUGCCUUCUUCUUCUGCGCUGGAUCUUUCGUGCCAGAAAAUGUGCGUGGAGAGCGAUGGAUGCGAGAUUGAAGGCUGCAGCAGCUCGGAUGAGGUGCGCACGCUGUCGGGCAGCAUGAGUCCCGGACUGAAAUCCAACCCGGACCUUCACCCCUGCAGACCGGGGCAGAAAUUCCGCGCCGCGCUGUUGAAGUGCCGCUCACCGGCCGCCGCCGCCGGGAUCCUCAGUUUUGGGAACGUCCUCAAUUACAUGGACAGAUACACCGUAGCCGGCGUUGUGCUCGACAUUCAGCGGAAUUACGACGUAUCAGACAGCAGGAUCGGCUUGCUGCAAACAGUUUUCAUCUGUAGCUUCAUGGUGGCAGCUCCCAUCUUUGGUUACCUGGGCGACCGCUUCAACAGAAAGGUCAUCCUGAGCUGUGGCAUUUUCUUCUGGUCCAUUGUUACCCUGUUGAGCUCCUUCAUCAGUAAAGAGUACUUCUGGCUGUUCGUGCUCUCCAGAGGACUCGUGGGCAUCGGAGAAUCCAGCUACUCCUCCAUCUCUCCCACCAUCAUAGGAGACCUCUUUACUAGUAACACCCGCACCAUGAUGCUCUCUGUCUUCUACCUGGCCAUCCCCCUGGGAAGUCGCAGCUACGUGUUCUCCUCCUUGGCGUCGGCAGCGGUGUCCUUUGCCACGGGUGCGUUUGGUAUAUGGAUUCCUGGCUACCUGUUUAGAGCCCGGGUGGUGCAGAAGACGGCAGAGGCUUGCACAAAAGAGAUUUGCAGUAGCACAGACAGCAUGGUGUUCGGGGCCAUCACGUGCGUGACGGGGCUGUUAGGCGUGGUCAUCGGGGCUCUCACCACACGCCUGUGUCGCCAGAAGACCGAGCGAGCCGACCCUCUGGUGUGUGCCGUCAGCAUGCUGGGCUCGGCCAUCUUCAUCUGCCUCAUCUUCGUGGUGGCCAAGAAGAGCAUCAUUGGAGCUUACGUUUGUAUCUUUAUUGGAGAGACGCUGCUUUUCCUCAACUGGGCCAUAACAGCAGACAUCUUAAUGUUUGUUGUUAUACCCACGCGGAGAGCAACAGCUGUCGCCUUCCAGAGCUUCACCUCUCAUCUCCUGGGUGAUGCAGGAAGUCCAUACCUGAUAGGCCUGAUCUCGGACGCCCUUCAGCAGAAGUACACUACAUCAGCGCUGUGGCGGUUCCUGAGUUUGGGCUACGCCCUCAUGCUCUGUCCCUUCAUCAUCGUCCUGGGGGGCAUGUUUUUCCUGGCCACCGCGCUCUAUUUCCUGGAUGACAAAGAUAAAGCCGAGGCCCAGUGUAACCAGGCAACACAGCCCCCGUCUUCAGUCAAGGUGACGAGCAAAUGAGGAGCUACCUGAAUGCACAACCAAACCUGACAAAGGAUGACCAGACGACGAUAAAAGAAAGGCUUCUUUAUGCUCCCAGUCAUCCUCCCCCAAGAUCAUCAUCCUCCUCCUCCUCCUCUUGGCUCCUGCUGCUCUGUUUUUUUACAGUCUCGCUGAGGUGACUUGGAACUGGAAAGAGGGCGCGUCUUGCCCCUCCUUCUAAACCACAGCCCGGUGAGAAGGUGCUCAACCCACCCUCCACUUGGAUCGUGUCCUCCUCGCCUCUGUGAGGAUCCUCUGAACUUUUGAAGGAUAAGGUGCAGGCCAAGUCCGCCGUAAGCCCUCCUGAUGCUAAACUACUGAAUGCUGACCACGAACCCGCCCUGUCUGUCUGCCUGUCUGUCUCUUAUCGGCUGUCGAUCUGCAACAAGUGCCAUAGCAUCAUUACAUUCCUUCGGAUUUGCACUGACCGCCAACAGCCCUCGUGAAUUCAUCACUAGCUAUGUUUACAUGCAUUCGACUAAGCCACGCGUGCUCUGCUGAAGCUAAAGCAGCCUCAUUGGUUUCUCUGUGGCGCCCUCGCACGCUGGCUUUCUGUGCUCGAAGCCUGUAAACGGACGAGACGCCAGGAGCCAGUGAUGCAACCGCAGGAAAACGCAGCAGCGGUGCAGGCGUUGUUUAUCUCUUUAAACAAGUGACUGAUGUCGCAUUACUCAUCACAGUCUCGCCGCAGAAACAGCAGAUUCAGUGUUUACACCAUAAAUUCAGUAUUUUCACAGUGAAAGUUUUGCGUGCAUGUAAACAAGCUAGAGCCAAAAAUGUGUUGCUUUGGGAAAGGUCAGUGAACAAGCCUUAAAGUCGGAGCUUUCACACCUGCAGAUGUUUCUUUGAGCCCCGUGUGCGUUUCCGCUUUGAGCACUUGGAUGAGAACUCGUCAUGUUCGGAUUGUUUGUGUCGUUUUCUGUUUGUGUCGGAUUUGAAGCUGGAGGUUACUGCCUAUGAUUGUUUCCUAACCGUGAUGAUGCAGUCUGGGCAAUUUAAAGUGGACACUGGAUAUGUAUAGUUUAUAUAAUUUAUAUUUAUAAUUUAUUCUAUUCAUGCUUUUUCCAAAAGUAAAUGUCAUGCUAGUCUUUUGACUGUUUAUGUACACGAGAAGCAAUACUAAGAACAUUUAGAAGAAACCAACCUUUUUGUUCCACACUGCCUUAUCAGUGAGCUCGGCUUCCCUUUAAAGAGCUCGCUGAUGGUUGGUUUUGAAUUUCUGGACACACCGCCCACCCACACAGGGACCGAGUCGCUCUUAAUGGUGGAUCGCAGUCCAAUCAUCAGCGGUUACAAUAACAGGCAUUGUGAAAAGAGGCCCUUCCCCUCCAAUUGCAGAUAUCCCAUUGCAUGAUUAGAAGAAAGGAUCUUUGGAAAGAGCUGGAGAUGCAGUCAUCAGUUUAUUAGCGAGGGGAAUCAAAAUCCCAGACAGGAACAGGAAACGCGAGCUCGUAUCGUUGCAAACUGAUGAAUGAGGAAUCCCCCUAAAGAGCUGAAAGAGCUGCCUGUCGUUUCCAUGGGUACACAUCUCUGUGAAGCAAACAAAACAAAAAUUGUCAGUGAGGGAAGCUAAAGCAUGUAGCUUGUACAUAAUUAACACAAGCUAUGGUGAAGGGUGAAAGUGAUUAUUGUGAAACCUCAGAGCCACUAAUGGAUCCCAGGUUUAAGGGGAAAGAUGCACUUUGCAGACCUGGAAGGAAGCACAGAAGGCAGAGGAUGCACUGACCUUAGCUGAGGAACAAAAGGAGACUCCGAGGUUGUUCUUGUAGCAUCGAUGUGUGAGCGUGACUCACUGGCUGUGUGGGGGUGCUGUGUGGGCUGUGUCCUUGCUGCCAGAUCAUUAGCUUUAGCUUCUUCCUCCAACUGCGUGGAGCUCUCUGAAUGUGAUUCUGUCCCACCCGAUGUGUUUACACCACCUUCAUCU